UCAAAAUAGGCACCUAUUUACUUUGUCAUUGGUUUGUUUUCGUACAUAGAUACUUUUUUGUAUUACUACUUUCUCAUCAAUAUUAAAAAUGGGGACGGAAAUUCAAGGUGAUGAUUAUGACUUACCAUGUUCAGACGAUGAACUUUCAAAAAGCGGAGUCUUUAUUGGUAAAAAUUGGAUGCCGGAUCCAUCAGAACUAGAAGAGCUAUACAAAACAAUUGAAAAAUCCGGUCCAUUGACUCUUGAAUGGAAAUGUCCGGGAAGACGAGCGCCUUCGCCGGUGCCCGUAAGUAAAGAAAAUCAACCAGUAGAGCCUUCAUCUCCAAUACGAGAAGAAAAAUCAGACUUCGACUUUAUGGAUGAAGUGAGCUCUCUUCGACUAAGAGUACGGAGAGAAGGAGAGGAUACACUUCGAGGAUCUGCUAAAAAGAAAACUACGUCUUUUGACGGCAUUCUUUCAAAUAUGAUACGACACAAAAGAAUAGAACAACAGGAGAAACAAGCAAACACACCCACCAGCACUCCAUCUAGUAGUGCGAGUUGAGAAAUAUGUACUGUUUAAGUAACACGGAUUGUAACUACUAUUGACUAUGUUUGCCAAGUGAAAAUAUGGUCUGUAUAAUGUUCAUAUGAAAAUAUUAUAUGUGAAAGAAAAGUCUCAAGUCAUUUUCAAGUCAGUCAUUUAUCAAAAUAAAAUACUCAAACAUUGUUUAUUAUAUUGUUUAAGCAGAUAUGAUGUUAACUAAGAUUUUAUAUUAUUAGUUUAACAAAGCAUAUAAAUAAAGUAUUGUUUAUCAUAA